UCGAUUCGCGCCGUCCUCGCCGGCGCGAUGCGCGGGGUGACGUCAUGGCGCCGCGUUUACGGCAGUGAGGGUCCGCAUCGCAUCCGUGCGUGAGCGUGCGAGCGAGUGAGCGAGCGAACGAACGAACGAACGAACGAACGAACGAGCGAGCGGAAUCUGUCUGUCGAUGGCGAGAGAAAAGGGGCAGUGUCAUGCCGUGGCCCUGACCUAAGCCUCUUCUCCGGCCAUUCAAGCCGCGAUCACCCCGGUGCGCCAUCCUCCGUUCUCAGUUCCUUGAAAUCCGCGUCGUACCCCGGGGGAAGAAACAACAGCCCGCCGAGCUUGGCCGAGAGGACCCGCGCCUGCCUUUCCUCCUCGCGCGGCAAAUCGCAGCAGCGGGCCUUGCUCUUCUCGCCUGUUCCCUACGCCAUGUUACAGUCUCACCUCGAGGACUAUUUGCCGUAUCUGGGUGGUGCGGCCGGCGCUCUCUUCGUCACCGGGGUGGCUUACUGGGCUUCCAGACCGACGGCCGAGAAACCGCUCUUUCCGCUCGAUGCUCAGGCACUGCUUCUAUCGGGCAAUGAGCACAUCCGGGUGUCCAAGUUCUACAAGGAGGGCAAGGAGGGCAAAUUCGUCACGUUCCUGCACGAGGACACGCGCACGCUGUACGAGGGCUUUCGUCGCGGCGCCAAGGAGUCUAAUAAUGGCCCCUGUCUCGGGUGGAGAGACGGGCCCAACAAACCCUACCAAUGGCUUCAUUACAACGAGACGCUGCUUAGGGCGAAGAAUUUCGGUUCCGGCCUAGUGUCCCUGGGGCUGGCCCCUGGUCAACAAACCUUAGUAGGUCUGUACAGUCAGAAUUGUCCCGAGUGGAUUCUCACCGAGCAGGCAUGUUACUCGUACUCGCUUGUGGUGGUGCCAUUGUACGACACUUUGGGCCCGGACGCCUGCGCGUACAUCAUCAAUCAGGCUGACAUUAAUCUGGUGGUAUGCGAAGAUGACCAAAAGUGCAAUUUACUCCUCGACAAAGCGCCGAGGUGUCUACGAAAGCUGGUGGUGGUGAAGGAGACGCGGCCGGCGACGAAUCAGCGGGCGAAGAACCGCGGCAUCGAGCUGUACAAGUUCGACGACAUCGAGCGGCUCGGCGCGCAGAAGAACCACCCGGAGCUGCCGCCGAAGCCGUCCGAUCUCUGCACGAUAUGCUACACCUCCGGCACCACCGGCAACCCGAAGGGCGUCAUGCUGACGCAUCAGAACGUCAUGGCGUCGAAUUGCGCGGUGAUGAUGCAGCUGGGCGACCACGGGAUCACGUCCAAGGACACGAUGAUCAGCUUCCUCCCGUUGGCGCACAUGCUCGAGCGCUGCUGCGAGAACACCCUGUACAUGAUGGGCGGCUCCGUCGGCUUUUACAGCGGUGACAUCAAGAAGUUGCCCGAGGACAUGAAAGCCCUCCGGCCUACCGUCAUGCCGGCUGUGCCUAGAUUGCUGAAUCGCAUAUACGACAAGGUGCAGUCCGAACUUCAGAACUCAUUUCUGAAGAAGCUAAUCUUUAAUAUGGGAAUGCGGGCGAAGGAGGCGGAAAUCAAGAAGAGCAUCGUGAGGAUGAACAGCAUAUGGGACAAAAUCGUGUUCAAGAAGAUCCAGGAAUCGAUGGGCGGCAGGCUGAGGCUGAUGCUCGUAGGUUCCGCGCCGUUGGCGGGAAAUGUCCUCACGUUCACCAGGUGCGCCCUUGGCUGUGUCAUCGUCGAGGGCUAUGGCCAGACGGAAUGCACCGCGCCAAUAACGCUCACUAUUCAGGGCGAUCAUGUGCCGGAACACGUGGGACCACCCGUAGCUUGCUGUUGCGUCAAGCUCGUCGAUGUUCCGGAGAUGGAAUAUUAUGCGGCGAAUAACCAAGGCGAAGUGUGCGUCAAGGGUACUAAUGUCUUCAUGGGAUACUACAAAGAUCCGGAGAAAACUGUCGAGGUCAUCGACGAACAGGGGUGGCAUCAUACAGGAGACAUCGGCAUGUGGCAGACUAAUGGAACGUUAAAAAUAAUCGAUCGAAAGAAGCAUAUCUUCAAGUUGUCGCAAGGAGAAUACAUCGUGCCGGAAAAGAUCGAAAAUAUUUAUUUACGCAGCCAAUAUAUACAACAAGUAUUCGUCCAUGGAGAAUCCUUGAAAUCUUGUAUCAUAGCAAUAGUAGUACCAGACGUAGACGUAAUCAAAUGCUGGGCGGUGGAGAAUGGUAUACCCGGUACAUUUAGCGUCCUAUGCGCCAAUCCAGAAGUCAAAAAGUUAAUCUUGGACGAUAUGUUAGCGUGGGGAAAAGAAGCUGGUCUGAAAUCCUUUGAACAGGUUAAAGAUAUUUAUCUCCAUCCAGACCCGUUCUCCGUACAAAAUGGACUUUUAACACCAACGCUAAAAUCGAAACGGCCUCAAUUGAAAGCGUAUUUCAAGCCACAGAUAGAAGAUCUCUAUCAACACUUGGACUGACCAGACUGAGCGACCGUGCUAUCGUUCAUCCGCACCAGCACUGAACGCAAGGAAAUACGUUCGAUGGUACGAGAUGGAAGCAAAGCGCCUUUCUUCGUCGCCGUUCUUUCACCGAAGUCACUACUUUCAUCAAAUAUUCGUUAACCCUCGAUACUUUUAUUAUAUUAUCAUUUUCACAGGUACAUAUUAGGGACGCAGAGACAAAAGAAAAAGCACCGUUUAGGCUAAUUAAAUGAUAAUAUAACAUGUAAUAAAAGAAAUUAUUAUUAGGCGCGUCUAAUUUCUCUCUUUUUCUCAAUUACAAGCAUCCUUUGAUACUUUCGGUGAUGGAUUGUAUUUACAAUUCGAUCCUUAAACCCACGCAUACCUCAGUAAUGUACACAGUGACUGUUGUUAUUCUCAUGUAAGAGACAAAGUUAUAGAAUGCAUUUUUAACUGAUAGAGUCCAUCGCAGUGAACUUACCCGAUUACGAUUCAGGUCAAAAUCACAACAAUUACAUAGUUAACUCGAACAUGAAGAGGUAAUAUUUCAACGUGCCCGAUAAUUUGGCGCGUACAACAACGUUGAAUACCUUGAAUAUUAAUAAAUACAUUUCUUGUUGAAUAUA